AUGUCAAAGUUGUCUGUACCGUUACAAUCGAGCUUGACGACACGCUUGUCAAUGCGGUGGGCAUCAGAGAUACCUUUUGAAACCACCGACACACUGGUGAUAACGGUGGGCGAAUGGUACGUCGACCUGCGAGUCGAUAAACAAACCGGAAAAAUCGAUUGGGCCCUCGCCGGAGAAUGUAUCGAGGAAAGACAGGACCCACGGCGUGUGGUGUUCACUCAUGAGAUUGACUCCCAUCACAAUUUCAACGUGAGCAACCUAUGUCCAUUCAUUCCGCUCCCCAAUGGAGAUGUCCUAGAGACUGGGACCAUGGCACGGCCAGAUGUACCCGGCGCGCCAAUGACGGAUUAUGAAGAGGUGUGGAGGUAUCUUCCGAUUCGCGAAUGUCCGGAAGGGUCAGGGCGUGACCUUUCAUGGAUCCUAGAGUCUGAUGAGGGUGUUCUAGAGGAGGGUCAGCACCAAGUUAUUAAGGUGUUUUUGGCGCAAAUUGGAGGCUCGUAUUUGGUCCUCCAUCAGAAGCAAGUCCAUGUGGUUCGGAAAAGUGCUUUCGGAGAAAGAGCCGUUCAGAUCACCGGAGAGGAAGUCAGCGCGCGAAGAGAAGAGUGGACGGAUGAUCACUGGGAAAUCAGAUAUGCGUUGGGACCAAACUGCGAUAGUUUACCUUCGAUGGCUAAUGGGUUGGAUGUUGGAAUGAGAGGCCGUAAGAGUGGUGAGAAGGUCACUGUUGGAGGUUGUGACUUCAUUGUGCGUGCGCACGUGGAAGCCCCCAGGAAAAUAAGGCAUUCUCGUCUCUAA